AUGGAAGAUCCGGAAGCUUUGUUCACUUUUGGACAAAGCAAUCAGCAACCACUGGAUAUGGAUAGUGACACCUCAGAAGUGGUGUCCAAAAGGAAAGAUCUGGAGAGAGAAAGAAAGAUUAAGAGAGAUGCGAUCCUCACUGAAAAGAGGAAAAUUGAGAACCUCAAAGAGGCCGACUCUGCAAUCUCUGCCUAUAAACAACUGCAGGAGACCAUUCUCAACAACAGAAAGAACAUCAGAGAAGAGGUCCCUGCAAGACGGAGGAUCAACAAGGAGAACAUCCUCAAACAGCGCAGAAAUAUUAACAGCGCAGAGUUAGAACCAGAAGAGCUUCUCCAAAUAACACCAAAAAGCAUCACUUGCCCCAGAUCUGAAAGCUCAGAGAGUCUAAACCUCCGAAGAUUGGAAACCCAGAAAAGGAUUAAGAACAACAGAGACUGGGUUCUCCAGAGUAGGAGGAGACUCAGAUAUAUGAGCCCAGUGGAAGACAAAAAUUGCGCAAACAGGUCCAGGCCAUCAUCUGUCAACAUCACAUCCAGACAAUACGAACAUCACAGCUGCAUGGUGUCUCCAGCCAAUACAUCAGGUGCAAGCCUAAAGCCAUGUCCUGACAUCUGGCUCAUGCCAUCGGAGCACUCUAACGUCAUAGACAUGCCAGGUGAAGGCCCAAACAUCUGGGACAUGCCAGCAGGCAGCUCUGAUAUCUGGGAUAUGCCAUCAAAGGGCGCUAACAACCAGGACAUGCCAGUAAAUGGCUCUUUCAAGAACCGGGACGUGCCAGUAAAAGAAAGCCUUUCAUCUGGUCUUAUUACCACCAAAACAUCUAUUGACCAUGAGGACUUCCAUUUCCUUAAAGAGCUUGGAAAGGGAGGCUAUGGAAAGGUUCUCCUGGCACAAGAUCCAGACACCGAGGAGCUUCUGGCUGUCAAAAUAAUGCAGAAAAAGCUCAUGAACACCAAAAUCUCAGUAGAGCUUGAGAUCAUGGAACUGGCUGUCAGGAGUCGCUUCCUGACCUACCUGCGAACAUCUAUGGAGACAGCAAAGUAUUUCAUCAUUGUCAUGGAUUAUAUGGCCGGAGGUGACCUGCGCCAAUUUAUGGCAGGAAAGCUGCCCCUAAAUAUGGACACAGCAAGAUUCUUUGCAUCUGAAAUGGUCUGCGGACUCCAGUUCCUGCAUGAACACGGCAUCAUCCACCGUGACAUAAAGCCUGCUAACGUCCUCCUAGAUAACAUCGGACACAUCAGAAUCGCUGACUUUGGACUAUGUGCCAUUGGCGUAUUUGGGGAGGACAAGCAAACAGGCUAUGCAGGGACAGUUGGAUACAUCGCCCCAGAGAUGAUGAACAGAGAACCUUACAAUCAUCUGGUGGAUUCCUUUGCCUUUGGCGUCACCGUAUUCAAGAUGCUAACAGGUGAUCAGCCAUUCAACGGCUACGGGACAAGGAUGCAGUACAAACAAUCGCUGCAAGAGGAUGAGCCUUAUUAUCCAGCAUGGCUGUGCCCAGAUGCCAUCAACAUCCUAGAAGGGCUCCUCAGCAAGUCCCCAUGUAGCCGCCUGGCAGUAACAUCUACCAUCAGAUCCCACCCGUUCUUCAGACCAGUAAACUGGGCUGAUGUGGAGUCCGGCAGCAUCCACCCACCUUUCCAUAUGGACAUUCAACCAUCUCACAGUCCAGAACUGGAAAGGAGAAGACGAUCUUCAACAUCAUCAUCGUCUUCAUUAUCUUCAAUGUCAUCAUCAGACUCCUAG